AUGGAGGAAGUAGUAAAGUCAGAGCCUGAGACGCCUGCUUCCGGAGCGGUUACCAGCACAGAACCCGUGCAGCCAUCUAACAGCAGUGAGCCCGCCCAGGACGAGGCCCAGCUCCAGGCUCAGAUUGAAGAGAGGUCCAAACAUUACCUGGCACGUCAAGUUUACCGGGUGAUUAUUCCCUCAUUUGCGCGGUGGUUUGAUCGUGAAAUUAUUCACGAGGUCGAGAAAAAGGGUCUUCCUGAGUUUUUCAGUGAAAAGAAUCGUACAAAGACAUCGGAAGUCUAUCUCCAGUACCGCAACUUUAUGAUCGACACCUACCGCCUCAACCCUACUGAAUAUUUGACAGUUACCGCGUGUCGUCGUAAUUUGGCCGGUGACGUUGGUGCUAUCAUGCGUGUGCACCGCUUUUUAGAGGCAUGGGGACUUAUCAACUAUCAAAUUGAUCCCGAGACGCGACCCUCGUUGGUCGGCCCUCAGUACACUGGUCAUUUCCAGAUUUUGUUGGAUACCCCACGGGGCCUGGAGCCGGCCAUGCCGCUGAGUGGAUCCGAAGUGUCUACGGAUGGUAAAGAACUGCCCGCUACGGAGACGCUUGCGAAAGCCAGCAGUGAAAAGGCUGAACUCAAUACGACACCGCUGAAUCUCGAGCUGCGCCGUUCUGUGUACGAUUCUAGCGCUGACGCAAUGGCCCUGCUUGACGAGAAUCAGCGCAAGUUUGCUGCCCUGACCACGCGUCAAUAUACUUGCUUUACCUGCGGCGAGGAUGUGUCGAAGGUCCGUUACCAUAAUUUGCAAUCCAAGCAACUAAUUUCGGCCAUGGCGUUCACCAAUGGCCUCUUCCCCAGCAACUUUACUAGUGACGACUAUGUUAAAAUGACCCAGCUGCAGCUUGAGAACAAACAAUGGACCGACCAGGAGUUGUUACUGCUACUCGAGGGUAUUGAAAUGUACGACUACGACUGGGAUGCAGUUGCCUACCAUGUGGGCACGAGAAGCUCUGCUGCCUGUGUGACAAAGUUUUUGCAGCUGCCUAUUGAAGAUCCGUAUCUUGUCAAGAACGCAUCCUCUCGGUUGCGGCGCCGGCUAGCUGGUGCUGAGGAGGUGAAGGUCGAGGAAAGCUCUGGAGCCGACAAUAAUUCCACCGUCCAGCUGCUUUCAGAAAUUCGGGAUUUGCUGGCCAAGAAUCCUGCCGCCGUCGGCGAUAAAGCAGCCAAGGCCCUGCAAGACGUUCACGGGCAGCAGCUUCCGUUGCUCUCAUCGGCAGUGUCGAUGCAGCUAGAAAAGCUCGAGCUCAAGAUGGCCAAAUUCGACAAACUGGAGGAUGUUCUCAAGGCACAAAAGCGAGAACUCGACACGGCCAGACUGGAGCUGUAUCUCGACCGGCUGUCGCUGAACCAGCAGGCCGACAAAGUGCUGACGACCCUCCGUCAGGCCACUGCGGAGUCUGGGGAGGAGGCGGUGCGGCUUGCCGAGCAGGCGGUGCAACUCGCCCGGGAAUGUCCAAAGUCGCAAGUUCUCCAGGACAUUUCGGAGCCGGCAAGAGCAGCCAAAGUGCCAAACCCGACCCUGCGCCCAGUGAGUUUGGAUACACCGCACCAGUACAAGUUCUGGUCGGCCUAA